UCGCCUUCCUCGUCGUUCCUUGCGCCCCUGCGGAUGUGCCAGAGGCCCCGUCGUGUGUGGUUCGGUUGGAAUCCUCGUGCAUGCUCUUCGAUUCGGUGCUGGAAUCGUCUGACAAGCAGCGGGAAGUCGAGGUGUGUGCGCGUUGUGAUUUGGCUUGAACAGUCGGAAGAGGGGCUUUGCGACCCGCGAGGGUUGGUGAUCCGCGGUGUGGAGCUGUGUAGUUCGUUGAUCGGCGCGGUCGUGGUGCUGUGGUUUGGCGUUGGUAAUUAAACCCUAAUCAAGAACGGAGACGACAGACGACUCCUGGGGAGUUGGCGAUUUGGUCGUUUGGGCAUUGGCGCGUCGCAUCGCUCUUGAGAGGCCCUUGUGGGUACCUGUUUGUAGCGCUGGAGAGUGGGGUGGACACCUCAUUGGUGGUAGUGGGGCGGAGACAGAGAGGAGUGGAGGGAGGUGUGGCGGAAGCUUGCGAAAGUCGACCUCCGACACGUGAAUUUGCGGGGCCUUCGAGCACUCUCUGCAUGUGUGCCUGUAUUGCUUUGAGUCACCCUCGGCGCUCGUUUGAGGCUUCACAACUGGAAGGCAACAAUUCGCAGCGUAGGCAACGCCAUCUAUGGCGUCCGCGGAACAACUCGAGACCGGAAGUGAAUCUGGUAGUGGUGGGGUAAGGAGUACAAGCCCAUGUUCGACUUGCUCUGUGAUCGUAGUUGGCGCUGGAUUUGGAGGCCUAGCUGCCGCCCGGUUUCUGCACAACUCGAACGUGAAGGUUAUGGUGUUGGAGUCUCGUGAUCGGAUUGGAGGUCGUGUAUACACGGACUAUUCCUUCGGAUUCCCCGUCGACAUGGGAGCUUCAUGGUUGCAUGGAGUGUGCAAGGACAACCCUCUCGCGCCUGUGAUUGGCAAGUUAGGGUUGCCGUUGUAUCGAACGUGUGGUGACAACUCAGUGUUGUACGACCAUGAUCUAGAGAGUUAUGCACUGUUUGACAUGGAUGGGAACCAAGUUCCACAAGCUUUGGUGACGGAGGUGGGCGAGGUGUUCGAGAGUUUGCUGGAAGAGACAAAGAAACUGAGGGAGGAGCACCCGGAUGACAUGUCGGUAAUGAAGGCGUUUACGUUGGUUUUGGAGAGACGUCCAGAUCUGAGGCAAGAGGGAAUGGCGUUCAAGGUUCUGCAGUGGUACAUAUGCCGCAUGGAAGGCUGGUUUGCAGCGGAUGCCGACAGUAUUUCCGUUCAAAGUUGGGACGAGGAAGAGCUGCUUCAGGGUGGGCAUGGACUGAUGGUGAAGGGCUACAAGCCUGUGUUGAGCUCCCUUGCUGAAGGUCUAGAUAUUAGAUUGAAUCACAGGAUUACGAAGAUCAGUCGGGGGUUGCAUGGAGUGCGAAUGAGCACCGACGAUGGGAAGGUAUUUGACGCUGAUGCUUGUGUUGUAGCAUUACCUCUGGGAGUGUUACAAGCGAACGUAGUGCGGUUUGAGCCUAAGUUGCCGGAGUGGAAGGAGGCAGCGAUCAGUGAUUUGGGGGUGGGCAACGAGAAUAAGAUUGCUCUGUUCUUUGAAGAAGUGUGCUGGCCUAACGUAGAGUUCCUGGGAGUUGUUGCGUCGACUUCAUACGGUUGCAGCUACUUUUUGAACCUCCACAAAGCAACAGGGCAUCCUGUGUUGGUGUACAUGCCUGCAGGACGUCUGGCCAAUGACAUCGAGCAAUUGUCGAACGUGGCUGCUGCGAACUUCGCCAUCAGGCAGCUGAAAAGGAUAUUGCCGAAUGCUGCAGAGCCGAUCAAUUAUCUGGUGUCGAGGUGGGGAACAGACCCGAACUCAUUGGGGUGCUACAGCUAUGACGCGGUUGGCAAGCCCCACGAUCUGUACGAGCGGCUGCGUGCACCGGUGGACAGUUUGUUCUGGGCUGGGGAAGCGACAAGCGAGAGGUUUCCCGGAACUGUUCACGGCGCGUUUCAUACGGGUGUGAUGGCAGGAAGCGAGUGUCUGAAGAGGUUUGCUGAAAGGUGUCGGGAUUUGGAGAUGUUUCAGCCCGUGAUGGCGAAAGAAGACGAGCUGACGACACCGCUGUUGAUAUCUCGGAUGUGAACAAAGCGAUGGCGACGUGGGACUUGGUGGGACUUGGUGGGUUGUCCAGGGAAAUUGGGUGCAGGGACGGCACGGUGAGAAAUGGUGGGAUCCGGUGGACCUUGAAGCUUAUUUCUUGACCACUGGAGUGGAUUCUUAACCGAAGCGGAGGGAAGUGGAGUCACUAGCAUUGCGUGUCUGGAGUUGUGGAGUGCGUGAAGGUGGGAAGGAGAGUGGGCGUUCAUGGAGUUGAGAACACCGGCAGCGGGUGGGCUUCAAGCCCGGGGCGACAGUGCCUGGCGAUGGAGGCGUGAGGUUUUUAUGGCGUUGCGAGGGGUGAUGGGUGAUAGGUUGAAUCCAGUUGCAAGGAAGGGACGACUGAUUGUAGAGUGGACCUCUUUCGUUGUAGCACGGUUGAUCACGUUCGACUUGAGUGGCGGAGUUCACAUGAGAGUUUGGGGUGUAUGCGUGCAACCCCUGCAUAUAACCCGCCAGCAGCGAGAACGAGCUGGGGUAAGGUGGGACGCUGGUUCUGGGUGCGAAGCGGUGUUUUUACUUUUUAAUUGGCACAAUGUUCGGUCGUUUUUUGGAUUCCGGCUGGAUAGUGGUUAGACAUUCAUGAUUGCAGCACGUGAGAGCUUGGAUAACGGAACGGGUGGCCUCAUCACCGAUUGGUUGUGUAGGUUUAUUGGAAUGCUUGGUUAUGGGACGACUUAGAGAGGUUGCAUGGCUUUUGUUUGGUUGAGAAAGAUGUAGACGGUGGUAUGGUUUAGGGAGUGUGCAAUACAGGUCUAUAAUGACGUGAUUGGAUAUGCGCCUCACACCGGAGGUGUAGUUGGACGCAAUGGGUGGUGCUCAGUCAUUUCUGGCCCCAUUCGUGUGGUUAUUGUUGAGUUGUGGGGAGAGGACACAGCGAAGUUUCAAUCCGGCGCGACCCGGGAACUUUCGGACUGAACAUAUGACAUGAAUAUGACCUGAAUUCAGGUCAAACUGUUGCCAGUGUAGUGAAUGUUGCGAGGCAUUCACGCAGAGAGUGGUAUGUGCAUUUGUUGGCUUGCAGAUUACGAAUCAUUUGACUACCGUCGAUUUCCACAAAGCAGUCGCACACAUCGGCAACUAUAAUCUUGUUAAAAGCAAAAUGGUGAAUGGGCAUGGGAGGGAUUGUAGUAAGGGCAACAACAAUCGCACACAGAACGACAAAAAAGCAGGCAAGAGCACGGUCGAAAGAGGGUUAAUUGGUGGUCGAAGGGUGAAAACAUGACAAAAUCUUCGUGAAGGAUAUUGCACAGUGGAUUGUGUUGUACUUGUUCAGAGCAAAUUCAUACUUAACAGUUGCACUUUGGACGAUGUUACGUUGAAAAGCGAUUGGUGUCGGGGAAGAGGUAAUAUGCUUCUGAAUGCACUACAUCUGCUUUGUGAAUUGUCAAUUAAAACAUGAAAUUGGGGAAUUAAUUUGA